GUAUCAACAAUUUUUGUCCGGUAGGUGGCGGGAGAACACUCUUCUUGGGAAAACCGAUCAAGAUGAAUUACUAAAAGAACAAUUUGUCUGCCGUUUUGGCGAAUCAACGUUUUCGUUUUAAUGUAAUUUUGGCCAUGGCAACUAAACCUGGCUUUAGUUGUUAUAUGCCUUCCAGGAAAGGCAUAUAUCCUUCUUAUAACGUAGUACAUCGUCUGCGUAUGCGUGAGAUACGUGGCAGUCUCCACCCAACAAAAACUAGUUAUCCAGUGUGCCGUUCACUUUUUGGGAAGGUACCUGAACGUUUGGGAAUCCCGCUAAAGGACAUUGUUGAUACUGCUGUUCUCCAUGAGGAAGGUCAUGUUUUUCUCGGCUUUAGUAAAGAUGGUCAAUUUGUUUUAUCCUACACUCUUAACGUAGAGGCUGAUGAUCACACAGCAUUCCCUAUAUAUGUCUAUAGGUUACACUGGUGGAAGUUUAAUAAUGCUCAGCCAAUGGAUAGAGUUUCUGAAGUGCGCUUAUUUGGUGAUGAGGAAAUUCAGCAGGACCUGUACAUUGCAGUUUGCAGCUGGCCAACUGACCAAUCAAAGGUUAUGGUCUAUGGAUGUUGUGCAAGGAACACAUAUGAUUUUGAUGAAGAGAAAUUACAGUGUUACUUAACAAUAACAGCUAUCCCAUCUAUUCUACCUUGUCAACAAUGCUUAUUUCACAAAUACUCAAACCAAGAUCAAUUUGAUUUUGACCCAGCAUGGAAUGCCAUGUUUGCAGAUAUUAUUCCUAGCCCACCGACACCACCUAAGUGCUUACAACAUGGAUUCGCUGUACACACCAAAUAUGAACUAUCACCACCAUAUCCAUCACUUUCACCGAAGCACAGCUUAGCUAAAGAUGGACUAGUAGUUUUAAAUACAGGAGAUGCGCUUAUUGCUCUGUCUGUAAAAUUAGGCGAGUUUGGAACUGGUAGUAGUUUCUACUCACCGCUUGUCUCUGGAAGCGCAUCAUUGUCAUCGUACUCUUCAAAACAUUCCAGUAUAAGAGGAGAUUCGCAAACGUUCUCAAACUCACCAGGAAAUAUCAGAAUGAAAAUCUUAACCUCGCCACAAGUGAAGGGUCAAGAACCAGGAAAUUCCCAAGAACUCCUUAAAGAGUCUUCCGAUUUAAGAGAUGCAGGAACCCAGACAUCUCCAGGUGCUGAGGAUGACAUAGAAUUUAAGUAUGAUGCAGUAUCUUUAGAUGACUGUAGUUAUAAACACCAAGAAGAUGUCAAACGAACUCGGAUAUCUGCAAAAUGUUCAAAGCUAUGUUUCAGUGGUCUUCGAUGUCCAAUUACAGUCUGCCAUUGUUCAACAAAUCCUUUAGAAGAAAGUACUUCUUUGGACUCUUCUCAAACUGAUGAUGGAAAUUCCUUACAAGAAGAUAGCCAUUUUGCGUGGAUAGAUAAUUUAGAGGACGAGGGUAGUCCACGUAAUACUUGUGCUCAUUCCCAUCCUGCUGAAGAGACCUGCGCCAGCCAUGUCCCGUUAGAUAUUCCUCCUUCAAAUAGCUCAGAUGUUCAUCGUACAUGCAAAGUUUUCAACAAAGUUGACUUUUCAAAAGCACGUUUAGACAAAGCUUGUAAUACGCCAGAUGAAUUUUAUCGUGAGCGAACACCUCCAAUCUGCUAUAAUCACCCGUACCAACAUAUAAAUAAGUGUCCAAGCAAGGAAACUGAACCGAAGAUGUUAAAACUUAAGCCUGUUUUAUCCACUGCUAAGUCUAUAGACACAUGUUUAUGUGAUGGUCUAAAUAACCAAUGUGAUUUAAAUAAAUCAAAGGACAAAUUUCAUUCAGAAUCGCAAAACUACAAUGAAAAAUACGAGGAUGAUAAAUUACCUCUCGCUAGCAGUGCUAUGUAUACAAAGACCUCAAACCAAACGAAUGCAUUUUUCCACGAGGAUGUACGGUUGCCAAGUAACCUCCAUCAGCCUUUACUUGGAGAUUAUAACUUGAGUAUCGGGUCAGAGAUACGUCAUCAAUGUCCUGUUCAUAACAUGGUAGAGACAAUUCCAUCCAGCCAGAUGACAAUACGUGAAUGCACAUGUCAACUACAGGGAUUCACAUACUCAGUCAGACGAUUUGUUGAGAGAACACCUGGCGAAGAACUUCUUGGGCCAUUAGAUCUUGAAGCUUAUGAUUACCACAGUAUGCUACCUCUGAGUGUACUAGGUGACCGACAAGCACCGAUGAUUCUUACCAACAGAACAGCUAGGAGUGAGGGAGCCUGUAUUGAUGUCAAACAACUUACAAUGGAUGCUGAGCACUACAUCUGUGAUGCCAUUAGAAUGCAUGCGACCUGGGGUCAUCGCUUCAUAGCAUUUACUGACUACGAUAUGCAAAUUUUGGAUGUUUGUCCUGACUCCUGCAGUGUACUGGUGAUGAUUAUGGCAUUGAUAAGAGCAAGACCGGUUCCUAAGCAACCCCAGAAUGUAUUUGAAUUUGUUGAUGAACCUUUCAGUGAAUUUCCAUGCCUGUACCAGACUGGAUUUAAGUUUGCUUGGAAUUUACGGACUGGGCGAUGUAAAACAAUCGACAUCGAGGAUCUUCAAGAAUUUGACCAAGCUAAACUUAAGAAAACCUGGAAUCCUGGACGAGCUUUGUGCCAGCGCAUCCAACGUCAGUGGUCUAUCCCUCAGAGCCACGCAAAGGGAGUACAUGUGCUCACAAAUGAGGCUGUAUUUAAAAAUCGGUCAUUAACCAAACUUAUUGAUCCAGUUCACUACAUGGCUAUUGUCUUGACCUGAAGCAUCUCCAACGCAGGUACAACAUGCCUGUACAUGAUCCUGUGCAAGCUUGCACCUCCAGCAGUUCCAGCUACAUUCAGACCAAAACCAGAAGACAGCUUCCUUUUAUGCAUGUGUUGUAAAUCAAUAAUUGGAAAGGUAUUUAAAGCUAUACAGUACCUUCUGUGAUAUGAGCUAAACAACUCAGAGAAGAUAUAAUUCUUUCUUUUUUAAUUGCUUACUUGUAUAUUUAAGUGAGUUUUCAAUUGAAAAUUAGAAUGACAAAAAGGUUCCUUUGCUAAUUAAGAAGUGUUUAAAUAAAAGCUUUCCUAUAAUUCUUUUUCAUAGACCCUGAAUCAGCACAAAAUGAAUUGUUUUAUUCUAAUUGAACGUUAAUAACUUUGACCGCAGAGGGCGUAUCUUUAAUAGUUAUAAUGCAUCAGCAUUUAACAAAAACCAAAUUUUAGUACAGCAAAUAUUUGACGCAUUAUUAGUAUUGAUUGCAAUACAUAUUUCAAAGAUUAAAUUCUUUUCCUCAUUUUUACCAGUAUUAAAUAAUACAGAUUAUAUUAGUAUGUGGUAUGCGCUAAUAUUCGCCUUGGCAGUGAGAAAUACUGUAAUUUUAUGUAAGUGUGACCUGGUAUUGAGGUGUUAACAUAUAAGCAAAAAUAAUGUGUUUUAGUAUUUAUAACCACAACAGGAAUUUAUAUGUGACUUCAUUAUUGUUGCUAAGGUGCUACAAAAUGACAUGCGUUUGUGGGCAUUCCUGGCCCACUUCCGAUUGGUCAGUUGUUAACUUUGGUUGACACUUUCGGAAAUGUUAAUUGGCCGUAUUCGACUGGUCUUUCUUUGUUAAACCUCGUCUACCUGCUCACUUGUAAAAUCUUACUUAACAAAGACAACAAGACAAAUGGAAAACUGGUAAAUACUCGACAAAACAAAAUGGCUGCAUAGUUGUCGCGAUACACGCUAGCAUAAUCAAGGCUGCUUCAGCUUGUGGUAGUAUGGGGUUUUUUUUUCGUAAAAAAAAAAAUUCAUGCAGUUUUUGAAUUCUGUUAGCCUACAAUUAUUUUUUCACUUUAUUUGGGUAAAUAUUAUAAUUAUUAUUUUCUAAAAUCAAUGUAAAUUAUAUCAAUGCAAAUGUUGUUGCUAAACUGACCAGUUGGCCAUGUUAGUUUUGGUUACGUGGAUAACUAUUGCAAAUUUAUGCACUCUGUUUACAUUAAUUUCCAUUGUCAAUGAAGUCUAUUUUACAAACCAAUCGAAUCAAAAUAAUACUCAACGAAAUAUCAUCAACAAAAUGAACCAGUCAAAUACGGCCAUUGUUAACAGCAUCCAAUAUGGAGGAUAGAGCAAUAUCAAGCUAAAUAACUACAUUACCAUGAUUUUUGCGGCAUUCAUUUACCGUCCCCUUUUCGUCCUUUUCGUUCUUCCAAGGUCCUUAUUUACGACACAUGGGAACAUUCUUUUGUGUUAUGUUUUAUUUAUGAGUUUAUAUUGUUCAUCUUGGGUAAAUUUUAGAUAUAAUAAUUUUGUCAUAAUUGUUUAUAGUGUACAUUUUGUAUUUUUUUGACUAAAUUUUAUACAGUAUGAAUUUUUACAGAUCCCUGGAGUUGUCAACAAUACUAAUCAUUUUAAUGUACUGAGAUAAUAAUCAAAAUUUUAAUUUUACUUUUUUAUACUUACAUCAUGAUAACUCAGAACCUGUGAAUCCAAUUACUGUUCUGUUUAAAUAAUAUUGCAUAUGGUUUAAUGUUCAGGUACCGGUUCACACUGGAGGGAAGGUAAAACAUCUGCUAAGGCAAUCUUAUCACUCAAUCUAAAUUGCAUCCAUGUGAUUGCCUACCUGUGUAAAGUUGCUUUCAGACAGAUGAGGCUGCCAAUAUUCUGGCAACUAAGCUGGAAUGCUAACAAACAUGCCUCCUUCAUACCACCAACCAAAUAUUGCUGUAACAUAACACAAUUCUGUUUGAAUGGAUUAUGUAUGCUGGCAUGCCAUUGGUAAUGACGAUUUUGUAUAAAGAAUGUUCUGUUCUAUUUGACAUCUUUAAUAGGACUGAAUAAAGUAAUAUUGUGGGAAUGAGACCGGCUUUCAUUUCAGACACGUCGGAACUCACCGUAGCAGGAAUAUUGUGGUAAUAUUACUUGUUCUGAGACGGAACGACUCGCAACGCCAAUAUUGCGGUUAUGGUUGUUGCUGAACUUUUCAUAGAGAAGUCAAUGCCGGGGUUAUUCCUGCAAUAUUGCGGUAAUAUAUCUCUGUCUGAAUGAGGCUUUAGAUUUAACAGUGUAAUGUCUAGGUAAGAAAAACAGACAUCGCAGACGCCUGCAUCACUCCUCAGGUACUUAGCAAAAACCUUUAAAAAUGCUGACAGACCGCAGCUAAUAUUUAAAAAAAAACCAAUAUCUCGGAAAGUCAUUGUAACAUUAGCAUGUGUCCCAUUAAUAUGUUAACCUGUGUGAAUUGGUAUAUUUUUUAAUUGAUUUUAUGUUGAAUAUAAGUAGUAUGUAUAACUUUAUUGAGGAAUCUAUGUUUGGUCUUUCAUUGUACUGGACCAUUCCGCUUAAGUCCCAGACUCCCGUUCCUUAUUGUUGCUAGGUCCUACAAAAUGAAAGAGUAAAUGUGAGACAACAUGUGUCUUUGCGGGGCAAUUCGUAUAUCCUGACCCUUUACUCAUUGCUGAGUUUUAAUUGGUAAAUUGAUUGACACUCCAGAUAUGUCCAUUGUAGUUUUAAUUUGAGAUGGAAUAGUUUCCAUAAAUCAAUUUACAAUUAAAAAUUUUACAGUUGUAUUUACAUAGUGUAACCUACAGUUGUAACAUUCACAAUGUAAAUACAGUUGCAACUGUUACAGUUGUAACAUUUACAGAUAUUAAAUUUAAAAGUGUAAUGUUUACAGGUGUAAAUCCUACAGGUGUAACAUUUAAAGGCAUAAUGUUUGCAGGUGUAAUCCCCUGCUUUUUUUAGUUUAUACAUAUUUUAAAACGUUCGAAUUCAACAUGUGUUUCUUUUGUUGUAUAGUUUUGAUUAAAAAUAUAUAAAAUUGA